CACGCGCACCUCCUACGUGCCCUGUCCAUCACGUUCUGGUUGGUGUAAUAGGUUCAAGGUUCCAGGUCCCACCUCGUUUCUCUGCCUGACCACUCGCACACUCGCACACUCGCCCGCCCACCUGCCCUCCUCAUCCUCAAUUUAUCCGCGACCCAUCCCCCCGCAUUCCUACAAUCCCGGAGCCUUACUUCCACCACAAGAGGAUUGCCGGCCCUCCACCCGUAUAGUUGGCCUUUUUACAGAAAUUGAAAUCUGUUCUCGAUUUAAUAUCUAACAAAAAUGUCUCUUGCCCGCGCCGUCACCAAGCGCAUCAAGCGUUCCGUCGAUGCAUCUUCAUCUUCGCCAUCUCCCACCACACAGGCCCCGACUCCAACCCGUUCUCAGUCCGUCAAGACACCAGGCACCCCAAUCGACCGAGCCAAAAUCUCCUCGCCCGUGGCUUUGCUCUCGACAACCAACAUGCUUUCCUACAAUGCUCCCGACAUUUCAACUCUGAGGCAUGCGUCCUCUUCCUCGACCUCUUCGACUCAUUCCGCCGAGGACUCAGACCACAGCGCCGCUAGCGGCCGCUCGCGCUCUUCUUCACAUGCCUCGCGGGACACUUUGACCGACGCUUCCUCCGUGGAUAUGUCCCCGACUUCACCCAAACCAAACCACCUCUCUGGUUAUUUCGCUUCGUCCAAGGCUCCUCGACGGUCGGCGUCCUCGGGUAACCUGCAGCAGCUUCGUGAAGCGGAAGAGUCGGUUGCAGUGCCCGCGAUUCCCGAGAGGGCGCUAUCACAUAGCAAGCGAGCCCACGAGCGCCUCGCCCAGAAGCGGUCUCUCCAAAGCAUCCCUCGAUCCAGCCAGCACUCGAGUCGCUCAUCCCGCGAGCAACGAGGAUCGCUCGAGAUGUUCGGAUCCCCCAUCGUGGAAGAAUCGCACCCGCACCCCUUCGGAAAAGAGCUGGAGCAAUUGAACGAGGUCGCUGAGGAGUUUGGAGGCGUCGUCCGGGACGCAGAGCACGAGGCAGACGUUUCCGUUCUCCGUGAGAGGAAUCUCGCCGUCUACUGUGCUGCAGACUACCUCGCAGAGAUCCGACCGCUGUUCAACAACAGGUUCGGAACCGCCUAUGCUCCAGUCGUGCCCUUGGCCUGGAUAUGAGGCUCGCCCAGCAUGUCGUCGGCGCUGGUUGUUUCGUCUACACACUCCACUACACUCUUGCAUUCACUUUUACAUUGCGCUCCCAAGUACCCUAGUCGGUCGUUCUAAUUUUUUGUAUAUACUACUACACCUUUUACCUUUCUCUACGUUCG